AUGGUAGCAACGGCCACCGAGACAAGGAGCUCCCCACCUCCCCAAUCCGCCCAAGCUCAGCUUUUCCACCUCUUCUCGCGCACUCUCCCAGCAAGCUCGAGCCCGACCGACCUCUUCACCGCCCGCGCCCUGUACGACCAACUCUUCACCCUCGCGACCGAAGUCCCCGGCGUGAGCUACCGCACUACGACCAUCGCAUCACGGCCUGCCCUCUGGGUCCAUCCACCCCCGCCCACAACGUCCAACACUGGUAGCCAAACCCCCACAGCAACCAACACCUUGGCGCCCAAAACCCCCACCCCAGCAGUUAUCCUCUACUUGCACGGCGGCGGUUUCUCCCUGGGUAGCCCCAACUCACACCGCCUCAUAUCCGCCCACCUCUCCCUCCAUACCCACCUGCGCGUGCUCUCGCUAGACUACCGCCUCGCGCCCGAGCACCCCUACCCAGCGGCCCUAGACGACGCCGUCGCCGCCUACCGUGCUCUACAGACCACCUACCCCUCCGCCAAGAUCGUGCUGGCCGGCGACUCCUGCGGCGGCAACCUCGUGCUUGCGGUCGCGCUGCGUUUGCAGCGAGAUAACAGUGGGGCUAGAGAGCCUGCGGCAGGCGUAGCGUUGAGUCCGUGGUUCGAUCUGACGGCGCAGGAGCGCGAGGGCGGCAGCUUCGCGGAGAAUGCGGAUGGGGAGAAGCCGCGGGAUGAGAUGAGCGGGCGGGCGGCGAUUGCGGCGUUGGUGGAGCGGUAUUUGCGUGGGACGGGUGUGCAGGCGGGGCAGGAGGCGCUGGUGAGUCCACUUUAUGCUACGGAGGAGGACUUGAGGGCGCUGGGCGGCAUGCCGCUAUGGGUGAGUGUGGGUGGGUGGGAUGCGUUGCGGGAUCAGGGGGACGGGAUGGUGCGGAGGCUGGAGGGAGCGGGGGCCGAUGUGGUGUGUGAGAGGCAUGAGGAGAGCUUGCAUAUUAUGGAGAUGCAGGCUGGGAGGGCGGAGGCCGCGGACGAGUCGUUGCGUAGGAUUGGGGCGUGGGUGCGUGGGAAGCUGGGGUUGGAUGUGGUGAAGGUGUGA